UUCUGCUAUCACGAGUGUGAGGUGCUGUAAUUGUUUUAAUGUUGGCGAAAGUGCAUUCGAGAAAAAAUUGCAAAAAUAUAACUCGCACGUUUUUUUAAGUUGUUGACAAUUUUUUGUGCAAUUUUCUAGUCACCGCAAAAGACUACUUUUUCGAACUUUAAAGUUUGGAGAAGUAAAAAAAAAGACUUGAGGUUUUUAUUUGUAAAAUUUGAAAAUUGUGGAUUCUGUUUUGGACUUCAUCAGCUGGAUAUCGUCAACAAAACGCAUGCUCUCCCCCCACUUCUGCGGUAGAGGGGAUAAACAGCUGAGAAUCAGAUACACACUGACAACAUCAAGUUGAACUUGUCAGUCGCGCUGUUGUUGUGAUAUUGUCGGCAACAAAUAUGCUAAGUUUAGUCGAGUGUGUACACACUUGAGAACUUAGACAGAUUUUAAUGCAAAGUUAGUUGACUGUCUGUCGUUCUGUCCGGUAGUGUGAAGUGAAUGUGUACUUAGUUACUAAUUUGGAUAUGGUGCCCCAACAAAACAUGGAUUCAUCCAGGUCAGAAACACCGAUUAGUAGUGCUGUGCCCAAAUUCGGCUCACAACUAAUUGACAAAAAUUCAGCAACACCCUACUCUGAUGCUACUCAGACUAAAAAGAACAAUCCAAACCACAUCAAAAGACCCAUGAAUGCGUUUAUGGUAUGGUCUCAGAUCGAGCGUAGAAAAAUUUGCGAAGUUCAACCAGACAUGCACAAUGCUGAAAUUUCAAAGAAACUUGGUCGUCGUUGGAAAGAAUUGAAAGAUGACGAACGUCAACCGUUUAUUGAGGAAGCUGAAAGGCUUCGACAACUGCAUCAGAGAGAAUAUCCAGAUUACAAAUACCGUCCUCGAAAAAAGACGACGAAACCAGCUCCCAAAUCGGCGACUUCCUCCAAGAAAUCGUCCAAAAAGUCCCCAAAAGUCCAAAAGAACGAUAAUAAUAACAACAGUAGUAAUAACAGCAAUGCAAUCGUUAAAGAAAGAUUAUACGCCAGACGUUCUGCUUUACCCGAGUCGACGAGUUCGAAAUUGAAAGAGAGGUUAGAUUUAUCGCCGGUGAUGACGCCCCUUCCACUGCCACCUGUGAGCAUUUUGGCAAAGGUGCCAUCUAGUCCUUCUUGCGAUAUUCCGGACUCCCCGGAAAGCGCCACAAUUUACGACGAUUCAUUGGCGCCGUUGCACCACGAGGCUGAAGACAGGCUCACUCAUGGUUCCACUGCCACUCUUGAUGAUCUGGACAGGAUCGACGAUUUUAAUUUGUUGCAACCUAUGGAGAUUGAUCUGCAGGAGUUGGCAGACAUCGAGAUCAUGGACAGUGGAUCGAACGGUUCCGGAUCGCAUCUGGAUUUUGAUUGUCCGAGAGACAUCCCCAUUUUCUCAAGUCUGGGGGGCUCCCCUUGGAGCGACGGUGUAUUCAAUUGUUGAACGAGGAGACUUAUAAGACUGUGUUAAUCCAAUUCGUGUGUUGGCGCAUACAAUCAUUGUUAUCAUCUCUAGGAUGAAGACACACGGUUUCAAUUGCUCUACCAGCUCAAGUUGUCGAGCCGGCCAGGUCGAUGAUGUUUUAUAAAUAUUAUUUAACCCCGAUAAAUGAUCUCAUCUUGUGUUUAUUUUUUAUAUUUAUCAUAUAGUAGCGCGUCAGUGUUUCGUUCAUUCAUCAUCAUCAUCAUACGUACUCCCGGAUUCAACCAGUUGUUAGUGCCUAGUUCAGUAUGAUAUGUCGGACAUUACCCGGGUCGCCCGUCAUUAGUUUCGAUACUUGUAAAAUUCCGCCGGCUGCCAUUUUGUACAUUUGUUGGUGGCGACGGGACACAAAAUCAGGCUGUGAUUCAUCUGUUUGAUGACCAAUAUUUAGUUGUCAAAAGUCAGUGUAGUUUUUCCGCCUCUAGCUUUGUUAAUUAGUUCGCGACGACGGCAUACAGCUGAUUGUUUCGUUACUGCCAACCGCGAACGCAACUCAUCUUGUAUCUUAUUCGUCAAAUUUGAAAGAAAAAAAAAUCUUGUAUUGCUUUCUGAUUCGUUCGUCCAGAAUUGUACUUAAUGGUCCUAAAAUCUUGUACAGGUUAUUUAAGUGAGCACUGUGGGUUUGUUAGUGGUAGGAGUUGAUAUUAACAGUAAGAUAUCCAAAUAGGCUAUAGGGUUGUGCUACUGCUGUCAACGACUUGGGCAUUCGGUUUUACUUUAUCUCGUCCAUCAAACUCUGUUGCACAAAUUAUUGUUUCUCUCGCUGCCUCGUUCCAGAUACGCUUAAAACUUGUUUCCGUUCAAAUCUUAAAGUCAAUGCACAAACUUUGUAAUAAUAAGAAAAAAUUUUUUCAAAAAUAAUAGAGUAGCGAGCGACAUCGAUAUUCUUCUAUAAUAACAUGAUAUUGAGGCACGACCAACGCUCUACGUGUGCUUUCAAUGUACUAGAUUAAACUUUUACGAUAAUAUUUAAAGUUAGAUCGGACUGUCCGUAUUAUAAGAGUUUUCGAAUUUUAAAAUUUUAUGAGGCCUGGUACAGUAUGAAAAUGUAGAAGAUAACAUAUUCGGUGUAUUUUUGUACCCAAUGUUUGUUCAUGCGAUGCAAGUGCAGAGUUGGCUGAGACGUGUCGCUGACUGACUUAGAUUGUAGGUUUUUAUGUUGAGCUAUACUGGUUAUGAGCUGCGAGUCGAUAAUAACUUUUAAAUUUUAAGUUCAUUGCCGUUUUUUGGUUCGACUGUCUUCAAGAACUCGGCUCUGCUCUUGUAUUUCGCGACUUGUAUAUAACGUGUAUAGAUUUGCUCAUGUAAAAAUUGUUUUUGUUGAAACGUACUGUUUAUGCAAUCAUUUUAAAUAAUUGCAAUAACUAUCGCUACAAGUCUUGAACGACAUCCUACUGUGAGACUCAAUUAUUUCAACGUUCUUUGCAUAUGAUGUCACAGUGCGGCGUCGAACCAGACCCUAUUGUAAAAAACGUUACUUUUUGUGGCAUUGUUGACCCUUUUUGUUCUGGUAAACGAUUGAGAGAUUACAAAUUUAGCAAUAUUUUUGCAUAUUAUCUUGAUGUAUCAUAAAAAUCCCUGCAUUUUUGUAGACCCAUGUAUUAUAUUCAUAUUACUAUAUUAAAGUUAUUAUAUAGUGUGUAAAUUUUGUAUUGUAGUUGCUGUUAAAUAUAUUAAUUAUAUGCCCAAUAAAAGAUUUUUUCAAUUUAA